CCAAAAUAGAAAGAAUCAUUGGACAGUGAAGCCUCACUGUACCCAACGCUCCUCUCUCUCUCUCUCUCUCGGCAUUGCCGGGAAAUCCAUUCCCACCUCGAUUUCCGGCGGAAGCAAUGCCAUUGCCAGUGAGCGCAAAUAAAAAUGUCUAUGCUCGACGCUGCGUUCGUGAACUCGGAGCUCUCGAAGCCCACCUCAAUCUUCGGCCUCCGCUUGUGGGUCGUGAUCGGGAUCUUCGUCGGAGCCUGCAUGGUCCUCGUCCUCUUUCUCCUCUCUCUAUGCAUCACAUCCCGCCGCCGCCGGCCCCAGACGCUCCCCAAACAGUCGAAGUUCGCCAGCGUUGGCGAGUUCGCAACGGCGUCGUCCAAGGACAUCCCGGAGAACGUGCACGGUGCCGCGCCGGAUCACCGUCCGACGCCUCAACUGGCGCAGGAGAUCCAGAUUGAUUUGGGGAAGGCCGAGCAUCGCGUGGUGUUCACGUCGUCUCAGGCGAGUGGGGAGAGUAGGGGGACCAGUGCGGGCGAAUCAGCGUCGUUGAGUGGCAGCGUCGGCGGCGGGGUUGCGCCGGAGGUGUCGCACCUGGGGUGGGGGAGGUGGUAUACCUUGAGAGAGCUGGAAGUGGCGACUAAUUGGUUGGCUGAUGAGAACGUGAUCGGUGAAGGUGGGUAUGGGAUUGUGUAUAAGGGUGUUUUGGGGGAUGGUACUUGUGUGGCUGUGAAGAACUUGCUGAAUAACAGGGGUCAAGCUGAGAGGGAAUUUAGAGGUGAAGUGGAAGCAAUUGGACGUGUAAGACACAAGAAUCUUGUUAGGUUGCUUGGAUACUGUGUUGAGGGAGCUUACAGGAUGCUUGUGUAUGAAUAUUUGGACAAUGGGAAUCUCGAACAGUGGCUUCAUGGAGAUGUAGGUGAAGUGAGCCCGCUGACAUGGCAAAUUCGUAUGAACAUUGCACUUGGAACAGCAAAAGGAAUGGCCUAUCUUCAUGAGGGUCUUGAGCCAAAAGUUGUUCAUCGAGAUGUAAAAGCCAGCAACAUAUUGCUUGAUCAGCUAUGGAAUCCUAAAGUAUCUGAUUUUGGGCUUGCAAAACUGUUAGGUUCAGAGAGGACUUAUGUGACCACUCGUGUCAUGGGAACAUUUGGUUAUGUAGCUCCAGAAUAUGCUUGCACGGGUAUGUUGAAUGAGAAGAGUGAUGUAUAUAGCUUUGGAAUACUCAUGAUGGAGAUCAUUUCUGGAAGAAAUCCUGUUGAUUAUUCUCGACCACCAGGAGAGGUGAAUUUGGUCGAUUGGUUAAAAACCAUGGUCGGGAGUAGAAAAUCUGAGGAAGUAGUGGAUCCUAAGAUGCCUGAGAUGCCUGCUUCAAAAGCUCUUAAACGUGCUAUUCUAGUUGCUCUUCGAUGCGUUGAUCCUGAUGCACAGAAGAGGCCCAAGAUGGGACAUGUGAUCCACAUGCUUGAAGCAGAUGACUUGCUACUUCGUGAUGAUCGGCAAGUUGGUAAAGAGACUUCCCAUCCCCAUCAUGAUUUUCAUCAAAAGAAUCAUGCUUUAGGUGAUAAACAUCUGGUUAAAGGAUCUUCAGAAGCAAGCGAAAGUGAAAGUGGUAAAAGUCACGAAGUGCAAGCUAACAGAAGAUAAUGCCAGGACAAGAUCAGAUGACUAACAGCUCAAGUUUGUCGAAGCCAUUCAAGUUCAUUCUUUUCCCCAUAAUAGUGCUGAAGCUUUUACCAGCUUGUUCUAUCCUUAGAAAGCAGUAACGAGCACCUAGUCUUACUCCCCAGUGAAUUACAUACAUUUUUCUCAUCUACCCUGCUCCAAAUUAGGAUGCAUUUGUAAAAUUCAAAGAAUUCAUUCAUCAUUCUUGUUAUAAAUCAUAACUCAAUAAUGUUAUCUGUGUUUCUGAAACAGAUUGCAAUGAAAAUUCUCAAAAAUCUGAUUUUGUAUCAA